AUGGCUAUGGAAAACAUUUGGCUAUUGUCGAAGAACAGUGACUACAAAUUCACUGACUCAAAAUCUUGUAGAAAAAAUAUUAAGUGGACUCCACCCUCUGGGUUUUUGAAAAUGAAUUUCGAUGGGGCUAGCAGAGGGAAUCCAGGUGAGUCUAGAUAUGGGACAAUUAUCCGUGAUGAAUUUGGUGAUAUGGUGGGGGUUAAAUAUGGCACGAUGGGAGUAUCAACCAACAACAUUGCCGAAGUAAUAGCACUCGAGGUAGGCCUUGAAUGGUGUGUGGAGAAAGGGGUUUACAAGGUUAUGAUUGAAGGUGAUUUGCAGAUAGUAGAUGCAAAUUUGCUUGGAUUUCAUUCGGGCAGAAACCUCAAAAUUGUUUCUCGACUGACUAUUUUAGGAAGUAUGGAGGAUUCGCAGGACAGUUUUCGGUUUAGUAAUUUGCAAAGACCGGGUCUUAUGUUUGAGGAAGCUUUCUUCUCAGUUGCCACAGAAUCAUGGCUCAUCACUUUGGGUUGA